AUGGGAAAACAUUACUUUGCAACUGGCCGUGGAGGUGCAGGGAACAUCCAGUCAAGUGAUUCUCAACCACACCCAAAAGAAGUUGAAAUAGGUUCACAAACUCCAAAUUUACUACAGCCAGUGUUCUCUACAGGUAGAGGUGGUGCUGGUAACAUGAUGAAGAAUAAUGAUGCCAAAUUAACGAGGAAAUUACAAGAUGUGGAUCAAGACCCUGAGGAUUACAUAUCGCCAGUCUUGUCGCAGAAAAGUCAAACUCCUCAAAAUAAUAUGAGCAUUGGGAGAGGUGGUUAUGGGAAUAUGAUAAGUCCAAAAAACAGUGCUAGUGAAAGUCAGCAAAAGCAAAGAAAAAAAGUUCAAAAGGAUAAGAAAGAUGAGGGUUUUUUGAAAAAGGCUAAAAAUUUCUUCAAGAAAUAG